CGACGAAGAAGGUCAUCAUUCUCGACUAUUGUGCCGCUCUACGGUGAACUAGGCACAUCUUGACGAUGCGAUGCCAGAGAGCGACUUUGCUUCGGUAGUUCCAGCGCAACUUUCCUUCCUCGCGAUCUAUAACCCUCUCCUCGGUCCGACCGACGAAACGCUCAACGACCAAGUCGUGUUCUAUACUUCCAGGUCCAAUCGAUUGCGACGGAUCGAAGGCUCUGCUGCAGAAAAUGAUGACGAUGAAUACAAGGAUGAGUGGAACAGGCGAUUGCGCCAGAUCGGACUGGCGCAGGGUAUGGUGAACUUUGCUAGAAAUUUCUCAGGUGGAAAGGCAGUUGAUUAUGUGGAAACAGAUCGGUCGCGGGUUAUUCUUCAUGAGCUAGAGAAAAAUUGGUGGAUUUUAGCUUCCAUUGACCUCACGCGGCUUCCAGCUGAAUCUACUGGUGGAUCUUCAGCGCAGCGCGAUGUUGCAGAUACUCCUUCUUUCCAGUAUUCUUCUAGGGAAAUGUGCCCCCCGCACCUCUUGAUCCAGCAACUUCGUCGCGCCUAUUCCAUAUUCCUGCUUCACCAUGACUUUACGCUUGAGGAAUUUUAUCAGCGCGUUGGCAGGCUCACAUUCUGCGGUCUUCUUGAGCGUUUCUGGGAGAGAUUUGCGUGGAGCUGGGAGGUCCUCUUAAGCGGGAACCCCGCUGUUGACAUGUACAACGGCAUCAAACUUUCUGCCGGGGGUGAGCUUGGGAUUGGCGUUGGGGAAGAAGAAUGGGGAAGUGGUGAAAGAGAAGUGCUAGAGGACUUUGUGUUCAGAACGGAGGGUCUUGUGGACCUGGUUGUCUCGAGGUUUGGCGACCCAGCUACGAACAUUGAAGAUCCAAAUAAGACGGAGGAUGAUGAGCUCCUGUGGCUUGGGUCAGAUGGUUUUCCUCGGCCUUCGGAUGGUGUCAUAUUCUCAGGUGUGGGUGCCAUAGAAAGAUCAUCUCUGGUCCGUGUCUCCCAGUGGAUGGAGUGGAUCUACAGGAAUGGCGAUGAUGCAUAUGGAGUCAGUAGAGACCCAAAAUCGCCCCGACGUCAAAGACAACGGAAGAAAAGACAGCGAGGAAGACUGUCUUCCAAAGACGCCAACACCUCAUCCAGGCCUGCCAGUGAUUCUCAGGUACCAACCCCUGAUCGCAAUUUCUCCCCCGGGAUACCUCGCCCACUCGUGAUGGGGACAUCGCAGCCUCCCCAAAUCAUAGAUGGAAAAGAUAGCGCUCAAACGAGCGGCGAAAGCUCACCUGCACCAAGUGAGCGUGGCAGUGACUGGUCUGGCUUUGGGACUGAGACAUUUAUGAAGUAUCUUACUCUGGGCUAUGGUUCGUCUUGGAGUCUGUCGUCGGGAACCCCUAGUCCGCAUCCGCGCGUUGCGGCAUUGAAGGAAGAGGGCGCACCCAGUGUUUCCCAACAAUAUACCUCUUCUACCGAUACAAAGCAACCCAAUGAAGGGGACGCAUCUCAGACCCAAGACACUAAAGAGGACAUUAAGCCCAAAAUCCACAACACGGGAAAGUUCAUCAUCGGUUUACGCAACGAUCAGGGAAAGCCGAAAGAUCAUUCCACGAGGGACAACAGCACAGUAAAAGAUCCCCAGAGCAGCCCGAGCGAUGGAAUAGUGCAGCGGACCUUGCAUGUCCGCGUGGUCCCUUCAGAUGAAAACACAACUGGUUCAAAGAAGCUACAGGCGGUAGUUUAUGUGCACCAACCGUUCAUAUUCACUUUCCUUUUUGAUACAGAAACGCCAUCGCUGGCUGAACCUUCGCUCUACAAUGACAUCCAACAUCAAUUAGCCCCCCUCCAGAAAUCGCUUUCAAACUCCACGUCGCCCGCAAAUGCAGCACAACGGAUAUCAAUGUCAGAGAACACCUUUGACUCCAACAAGCGAUUCUCAAUCAAGAACCAACCAGUCUACGACCUUGUCUACGAUCCAUCAAACCUCACAAUCCGAUCCUCGAUCCCGAAUAUCCCAGACCCAGCCGCCAAUGCCGGAGACCCCAACGCACCACCACCCUGGUCACGAGUCGAAAGUCUCAACAUCCACCACCGACUCCUCAGCACCUACGCUGAAACCAGAUCCCGGCCUCUGGAACUCGAACGAACGUGCAAAACUAACCGCGGCUGGUGGGUGGUCUGGGUUCGUCUCUCCGAACCCCCCACCACCGAUAAAGACAUCACCGACGACGAGGUCCCCACCGACAUGAAUAGCCCUGCACCGCAGGAAGCGUUUGUAAUACGAAGAGCCAGCGACCAUGUCCCUGCAGCCAGUCAUUCACGUAACGGCAGCGGUGCGAGGUUCCUGCGAGAUCUUGGCGGCGCUUCCCCCAGACUGCAGGCGUCUCGCGCUGACAUGGGACCAGGGAAGCUGGUUGAAGGACUGGGUCUCGAUGCUCGGCGGUAUAUCGAGGGCUUAUUGCGUUUGAAUCAGUAAAGCCCGAGUUUUAUUUAUUAGAUAAAGUUGCUUAUAAUAGUUACCUCUAAUACAGGGAUAAGAUAAACGAAACUCGGUUGCUACAAUCCAAGCUCGACCUCUAGACAGAAUUCCUUAAGAG